AUGGAUCUUCAGCUGACCCUUGCUGUGAAGAGUCUACGAGCCAGACACCGACUUAUGCUUACGGGUACACCGAUUCAGAAUAGCUUAAUUGAACUCUGGUGCCUAUUCGACUUCCUCAUGCCGGGUUUUCUGGGCUCAGAGCAAUCAUUUAACUCUCAGUUUGCCAAGCAUAUCAACGCCAUGCGCGAUUCAAGAGCCUCUGUUGAGGUUAGACAUUUAGGUUAG